AUGGCGUCGUUCUUGGUUCGUCAGGCCGGACUCUCGGUGUUGAAAAACAGUGUACCAACAUUUUCUGGGUUUUAUGCUAAUGGCUUCGGAGAGGCACUAUCUCAGUACCGAACAGUUGUGUACUCAGCAUCAGGUGGUAUUUUGCCAAAACCCAAGAAGACCUCAUUUGGCCUUUUCCGGAUUGCUGUGGUUGUGAUCCCAUUCCUGUACGUGGGAACUCUGAUCAGCAAGAACUUUGCUGCGCUGCUGGAAGAGCAUGACAUCUUCGUCCCUGAGGAUGAUGACGAUGAUGACUGAAUGGUCUGUAUUCUCCAACAUAUAUGACCUGGGUAUGUAUGUAGAAUGAUCAAUAAAAUCAACUUUAGAAAAUGGAUCUCUUAACAUAAGCAAUAAAGAUGACAUUUGACUUCAGGGAAGGUGAGGCCUAUUACUGUGUUCUCCCUUCAACAGAGCGUAAUGUGUUGCCUCUCAGACAAUGGGAAGACUUUGUGACAGCUGAAAAGACUUGAGGAUCUCAAACUCAACAAAGCCUUUCUGGUGCUUCUCUCCCCAUCCAUUGUGAUGUGUACCUGCCUGGAUACAGAGCUGUUUUAGAGAAGUGAUAGGACUAAUUGCUCCCUAGUGAUAACGUUUACAUGUACAGAUAAGUCUUACUAAAUAAAAUAAAUCGAUGUGCAAGAGGAAACCCUUG